AUGGUUGAUAAAGGUGCUCAGAAGGUUGGUACGUCUAAACCGGUGGUUUCUGGAAGUACAAAAUCUCAUGUACGGCAAAGUCUUUCUAAAAUACCGGAAGUUAUUGAUCCAGGGAUUACUGUCCCGAUAUACGAAGAGGAUAUAAUAGAUGACGAGGAGUCUACUACUUUGGAGGGGCAGCCCCAGAAGUUGGGAUCUUAUAGGGCGAAAGCGGGUCGUUUUUCUAAUACCUUGUCGAAUUUGCUUCCUAGCAUAAGUGCACGUUUGCAUCAUAACCGAAAAAAUACGGGCGGGAAGAAUGUGACAUCGACUGGAUUUGGGGACUCGAAUGUCGAGCAUCGUUCACCUCCAGUUGAAAUGGCAGGGAGUAUUACCCCACCUCAAGAUAUGCAGAAUAUGGUAAAUCUUCCAGAUCAGCCAUUUGUGACUCCGGCACCAAGGUCAUCUAACGAGUCUUAUACAUUCGAUUCUAAUAAUGCGUACAUUAAUGGGUCCUUGCAUGCUGCUGGAAACGUUACAGCAUCCAGGACUCGGAAUAAUACAGUUUCCUCUCAGAUUACGUCUCUAUCUAGCAUAGGGCAGAUAGCGACACCCAGCACGAGCAAUAUCUGGACUUCUGCGGGUGCUGUUGGAAACGAUCCAGUGAACAAUAUGGUAUCCUCUCAGUUCAACACUACAGCUUAUCCCGAUCUUGCUCAAUCAAAUUACUACGACAUGCUUGCUCAACAGCAGCAAGCUAUUCCAAUGCAGCCACAACAGCACACUUCGAGCUCCUUGGCCGUGCCAAAUGGCAACAACAUGUUUUGGGAAAAGAGAGCAAGAUCACACUCCAAUGCUUCUAGCAUUUACGCCGAUGCACAGUUAUUUGACCCUACAACUAUACAACCAACUGUGCAACCCACGCGUUCGAGGGCCUCAACUUUUGCCUCUACCACUCAGCCACCAAUUGUUGUAAAUGGCUCAAUGAUGACAGCCCCUAUGUCUACCGGUUUAAUAGUCCAAGAUGAUGUUGAUCCAAGGUCUUUGAAUUGGGUAACAACUGAUCCUACUGUGCCGGCGAUAAACCAGAUUUCGAAUUUGUUACCUUCUAAUACUAUUUCUAUAUCAAACGUAUUCCCGUUGCAACAGCAACAACCACAUCUAUCGAAUACGCUUAACUUGACUAGUACAAGCCUAGCAACUUUGUGCCUGAAUUUCGGUAAGGUGCUCUCAGCUAGAACGUUGAAAAUGAUGAAUAUGGCUAUUGUUGAGUUAGAUACUGUUGAGGCAGCCAUAAGAGCUAGGGAAGCUUUAAAUGGAAAGGAGGUUUCCUUGGUAGGUGCCCCCAGUGCUGUUUUCUUUGCAAAAGUUUUACCAAUGCAUCAGCAGGUGAAUGUUAUGCCGCCCCUCCCCACAAGUUCGCCAAGUGGCCCACAAUCAUUACUACAAGAGCAACUAAUCUCGGGUGCUGUGACAUUCCAACAGCAGAAUGGCAUUUCAAUUCCUGUAUUUAAUGCAAAUGGUGUCGCUCCCCAACAGCAGCAACAGUCUCAGCAGCAGCAGCAGCAGCAGAUGUUGCCGUCACAACAGAACCAACAACAGGUAACUAAUCAUCCUAAUCUCACUCACUCUUUCCAAUCCUUGUCUCAUUCUCAGUCAGAAAAGGAGCAUUGUCCAUUUCCGUUACCCCCUGCUGAUAUAAAGGACCAGGUUGCAGUUUUGGAAAAAAUUAUUGGUUCUUUCGAAGUAGCAAAAGAUGAUCACCAGGUUAAGCAUAUUAUCAGCAAUGCUCUUGCAUAUGACGGCACAAGUGAUACAACUAACUUUGGCCCCUUGCCAGAACCGUUGCCACAUCGUGAAUUUGAUGCACCAAAAUUGCGCGAACUUCGUAAAUUGAUUGAUGCUGAUAAUAUAAGUGAUUUAGAGAUUGAACAGCUUGCAAUAUCGAUGUUGGAAGAGUUACCAGAGCUAAGCUCUGAUUACCUUGGGAAUACUAUUGUACAGAAGCUUUUUGAACACUCUUCAACGGUUGUUAAAGAUAUAAUGUUGAGACAGACAACCACGUAUAUGACUUCAAUGGGUGUUCAUAAGAAUGGUACAUGGGCAUGCCAGAAAAUGGCUACGAUGGCUGACACUCCAAGACAGAUGGACUUGGUAGCUAGAGGGAUUUACAAGUACUGUGCACCGUUAUUUAACGAUCAAUUUGGAAACUAUGUUAUCCAAUGUGUACUUAAGUUUGGCUUCCCCUGGAAUAAUUUUAUUUUUGAGAGUAUUGUUGCCAAUUUCUGCACUAUUGUUCAAAAUAGGUAUGGUGCUCGUGCUGUUAGAGCAUGUUUAGAAGCACACGAUAUUAUUACCCAGGAGCAAUUAUUGGUUUUGAGCGGCAUGAUAUUGCUUUAUGUGGAAUACUUGGCCACCAAUAGUAACGGUGCAUUAUUGGUUACCUGGUUCCUUGACACUUCUUCGUUGCCCAACAGACAUUCCAUCCUGACUGAGAAAUUACUUCCUCACAUUGUUGAAAUAUGUUGUGAUAGACUCGCUUCGCUCACGGUUUUGAAAAUUUUAAACUUUAGAAGCGACGAGAAUGCUAAGAAGAGCAUAUUGGAUGCAGUAUUCGGACCAUAUGGAUAUGACAAGCCUCCUCCACAGGCACUAUAUCAGAUAUUGAGUGAUACCAAUUAUGGAUCGACUUUUGUAUACAAAGUCCUUUCUACGCCGCUGCUAGAAGGAGAGGUCAGAAGCCAUGCAGUACAGCAAGUUAGACAGGUGCUAUUGGAGAGAAACGGACCUCAACAUCGCCGCUUAAUGGAGGAAGUCGGAUUUGCAUCUGCUAACAACUGUAAUAACACAAACAAUGCUAACGCAAACACUUCAAAGCACAGACCUACAUUAUCACACAUGUUUGCUACGGAUCCAUCAGGACAUAUGAGAACUAUGUCUGUUAGUAGCACACGUAGCACGGGCUCUAUUCCAAGAACGCUGACAAGUAGUCAAUCGCAAUCAGCUGGUGGUUCCCAACAGCCUAAUUCGAAUAAUGCGUGCUACAAUUACCCAGGCACUUUCCCAGGGAAUUCUGGCUCGUUUUCUAUGGGCUCAGAUGAUAUGUCUUUUCAAUUCGACAUGCUAACGCUGAAUAAUAAUACCCAGGUAUCGUUACCACAGUUGGGAGUGAAUAACCAAGUCAACACUAAUGGCAGCACUGGAUAUACGAACAGCAAUGGGAAUUAA